AUUUACACGUUGUUGCUAUCAAGCGUUGAUGUAAUAUAAACUUUGUCAGUGCAGCUAUUCGUGCAAUUAUUUAACCGUUGUUUAUAUUUAGGCAUGCUGAAGAUUCUGAACGCUAAACAUGUUUAAUCCUCUAACAGUUUAACCGACAAACUGCAACUGUAAAAUAAAAUCUGACAAAUGACUGUGCUUCCAACGCCUCCAACGUCAACACGAGUCACGAGCCGUCAUUCAAAUCACCGUGUUAAUUCACUCACAUGACACCUGCGCUGCCAGCGACCAAUGACCACGCGGAGCGGCGGAGGCCGGACACAUGUGCCUUGUUUACGUCGUCUGCAGUGUGAGGUUAACUUAAGACAAGUAUUAUGUUGCAUUGUUUUCGAAUUCAUACCUGUCGUUUGUGUCCUUUCUAGCUAGAACUCAAAAUUUCAUUUCAAUUUUUUUAUUAACUAUCGUUAAUCAGUGAUUAAUAUUUAUGGUACAAACUGAUCAAUCAGGUUUUUAGAAUAGCAAUUGUGAAAUAUAAAGAAAAAAGUAACAAUGGACCUUAAACAACAACGUAAAAGGAAAGCCCCAGCUGUGAAAAUCGCUCCAUCACAAAUUUAUCUGCAGGUUAUAGGUAAUGGAAGUCAAGCAGAAAAUAGGUCCCUUUUACUUGUCACAGAUCAUACAAGUUAUCUUUUUAAUUGUGGCGAAGGAACUCAGCGCUUAGCAACUGAGUAUAAAGCAAAACUUACUAAAAUAGAGCAUGUAUUUGUGACAAAGCCCUCUUGGAAUAAUAUUGGUGGAUUACUUGGUUUUUAUCUUACUAUUCAAGAUACAGGAGUACCCGAAAUUACAAUGCAUGGCUCGGAUGGCUUAAGUGAUAUUGUUAAAGCUACUAAAGAUUUUGUUAAUUUAAAUCCAUUAAAAGUGAACUUUUCUAACAAAGAACAUCCUUUUGAAGAUCAAACCAUGUGUGUGUCUUAUAUAGAAAUAAAAAGUCCUGUAUCAGAAAUUGAUACUAUAAAUGAUACUUUAUGUGAAAGUGAAGAUGAUGGACCUAUUGCCACGAUAAAUUAUUAUGAAUAUGAAGAAAACAUGUGCGGCAAAAAAUCUGUCCGCUCAAAUAUUCCAUCACAAGAAUCUUCAAACCAUAAUGAAUCACUUAAACAAAGGAUUGAUACAGUCAUAACUUUUGUAUGUAAAAUACAUCCAAAAGUUGGAUCUUUAAAUAAAGAAAAGUGUGAUGCUAAAGGUGUACCUUCAGGUCCAAUUUUAGGUAAAUUAAAAAAAGGUGAAGAUGUAACGCUUCCAGAUGGGACCAUCGUUAGAAGUAUAGAUGUUGUGUCACCAUCAGAACCAGGUCCUCUGUUCAUAGUUACGGAAUGUCCAAAUGAAAACUGGAUAGAUAAUUUUGUUCAAAAUUCAGCUUUCUUCAAAUAUCAGCAAGCCACUGCAUCAAAGAAGGAAGAAGUUGCUAGUUAUGUUAUUCAUUUUUCUCCCAAUAGCGUAAUAAAUCAUCCAAAAUAUAAAGAGUGGAUGCAUAAGUUUGGUCCUACUACUGAACAUUUAAUAAUUAAUGAGGGCAACCAAGAUUAUGCGAGUGAAGCUAUGUAUAAACUGCAGCAUCAACUUCAUUUAGUACAUCCUUCUAUAUUUCCAUUUUCCAGUAAUCAACCGUUAUUACAACAAGAAAAUGUGGAGAAUGAAAUAAAAAGUGAUCUGACUAUUAGAAAAAUGAAAACGUUGAACACAAUACAUUUAAGACCUUUUAGUGGAUUUAAGUCAACAGAAGUAGAAAUUGAUAAAAACAAAUACCUAGAAGAGGUAUUUUCAAUCGAAGGGUUUGAAUCAUCUCUAGAAAAAAUGAAAAUAGAAAUCCAAGCUGAAACUGGCCUUUUAAAACCAAACAAUGAAUACCCAAAACUAUUAAUGUUAGGGACUGGUUCUUCAAUUCCAAAUAAAGUAAGAAAUACUAGUGGAAUGAUUUUACGAUUAAAUAAAAAUUGUAGUAUAAUCUUAGAUUGUGGAGAAGGAACAGCUGGACAAAUUAUACGUUUUUUUGGAAAUGAAAAAGCGGGAAUCAUAUUCAAAUCAAUUAAGGCUAUUUAUGUGUCACAUUUACAUGCUGACCAUCAUAUAGGAUUAAUCGGAAUAUUGAAGCAGAGAGAACGUUUUACUAAAGAGAGACUAUUUUUGGUAGCACCAGAAGAAAUAAAAUUUUAUCUAAAGCUGUAUGAUAGAAGAUUUGAACCAAUUUUAAACAGUUUUAGAUUGAUAUCAAAUAAUGAAUUAUUACAUGAUAAUCCAUUAAAAUUGGAUUUACCUAUUGUGAACGAAUUAUAUGAAGCAUUGGGCCUAUCAAAUAUGAAAACUUGUAAAGUUAAACAUUGCCCUUCUGCUUACGGCGUCGCAAUCACAACAAAGGAUGGAUUGAAAAUAUCUUACAGCGGUGACACACGUCCAUGGGAAGAAUUCAUAAAAUUGUCGAAAAACAGUAAUUUAUUAAUUCAUGAAGCGACGAUGGAAGAUGGUCUAGAACAAGAAGCUAAGAUCAAACGUCAUUCUACUAUGUCUGAAGCCGUCAACGUAGGAGUUCAAGCUGAAGCAGAUUUUAUUUUACUGACGCAUUUCUCACAGCGUUAUAGUAAAAUUCCAAUGCUUCCGGAGGCCGACAUUGAUUUUAGUCGAAUUGGAAUAGCUUUUGACUUCAUGUAUGUGAAUUGGUCACAACUGAAAUUAUUGCCUAUCAUCUACCCUUGCAUUGAACUUAUGUUUGGUGAAUUUAGGCAAAUGCUUGAAGAAAGGGCAGUUAAACGAGAGUUGAAGAGAAAUGAAAUGGAGUCAGAAAAUUUAUAAAUGUUUUUAUAAUGUAAGUAGUAAUGAAAGAUUGUAAAUAAAUUGUUGUAUUGUAAAUAUUAUAACAUUUAAAUGUCUGAUUGUUUAUUUUGGUAAAAAAUAAUUGAUAAACAAUCAUUUAAGAAACAUGUAGUUAAAUUAUUUAAUUAUUUGUUAGGAUUUUCAA